CGGACAUCGAAGAAGGGCUGAACGAUGCCGUUCUACUUGGAUGACAUUCUUAAUGAGAAGAAGGGACCGCCACCUGCCCUGGACCUAUCCAAGGCACGAAUGCCAACCAAAGAAGAUUUCGACAAAGUCUUCGAGAAAGUUCCCGACUACAAGAUCAAACCUGGAAAGGUGCGGCCGGAGGAGGGCCGGGUGUCGGGCGCGCUGCACUUCCGCAGCAGUCGCUCCGAGCGGCAGCCCGUGCAGCUCAGCUACCCGGACCCGAUGCCCGCCAGCAUGGCCGGCGUCAGCCUGGACGAUCUCUGCAGCACCGACAUCAACUGGAGGAUGCUCACCAUGGCCCGGCCCAGGGGCAAACUGGAGGACGAGUUCUUCUCAAAACUGGUGUCGCUGGCGCGGUGUCGGAGGGACUGCCGGAGGACGUACCAGGGCCCUCCGCUGCCUCAGCUGGUGCCCCGGACGCGCGCGGCCAAACGCGGCAAGGGCCAGGCGGUCGAGAUGCGGUUCGCUUCGUGCCGCGAGUGUCACGAGGAGCUGUGCCAGGGCGCCUGCAAGGAGUACAACUACGACUGCUACUCGCGGCUCAUAGUGGACGAUAAGGACGAAAAGCAGGACGUGGCCCAGGGAAUCAGCGCCCUUAUCAACGGCACGCCGGGCGCGGCCGCCGCCAGGAAGAAGACCGGCGCGCGCAAGCCGGGGGUGCCGCGGGUGCGCAAGAAGCGGCGCAGGAAGAGACGCCCCGAGCAGGAGGAGGCCGAGGGGGCGGCGGGCGCGGAGGCGGUGCGCCGGGGCGUGGCCGAGCUGUCGGUGGGGAAGGGCGCGCAGCCGCGUCUCACGCCCCAGGAACCGGCCACCGGCCAGCACUCGACGCGCCUCCGGUAGCCGGGGCGGGGCGACACGGCCUGUGAUGGUGGAUGAGCAAUGGGCAUGCUGCGCCGUUCUGCGGAGUCGUCAGUUUCAGAGCGUGCAUUUUUGCGGUUAAACGGACGGAACCUGAGGGCUAGUCAAUAUCAUCAACGUACCAGGUCACGAGCUCGUUAUUUAAAAUGUGUUGCUUGGUUUGACCAGUCUUUUUCAUAAAACUAAUCCGAAUCACUGAAUGAGUGGGUUGGAGACUAGGUCACACUGCGCCAGCCGCCGGACAGGGCAAUCGUGGGACGCUAUUGGGAUGCUCGUCUGGUAGUUGCAACUGGAACGUGACCGGCCACGCAGUUCUUUCAUAGGUUCAAGAUGUAGCUAUAUUGUCUUGUUACUAAGUGGAUGCAAAUAAAAAUUAAUAAAUCGCCUAGAAUACC